AUGUCACCCAUUCUGGGCAUGAUGCAAUUUUGUAUCUGUGAUCUGAUUUUCUUAGAAAGCAAGAACACUUCGGGCAGGACUUUUGCACCAGAGUGGGGCAAGGACAGGACAGGGCAGAGCUGCCCAUGGAACGUUGCUAAAUGUAAUGAAAAAUCCUUGAAAGAAAGAAGUUUCCCCAAUGGAGUUGGCUGCUCUCCAUCAAAAUUGUCUCGCUCAGAAACCCCCAAUGACAAGUCUUUGGAGCCCAUCUCUGCUUGUCCUGAGAGGAGUUGGCUUUUAGGUCCACAGAGCGGUCUAUUCAGCGGGGACUCCGAAUCACUGGAGACCACACCAAGGACAGAACCCUUCCAAGGCACCAAGCCUGAAGCUGACCAACAUCAAAUUCAUGGGGUGAAAAGUGUUCGUCUAAUGCCUGAAACAAGCCAUCCCAAUCAAAGUCAGAUCACAAGCCCAUGUUCUCCAGCGGCACAAGGCCCACCUCCUAGUGAGAAGGACAUAGAGCAGGAGGAGGAGGAGGAGGAGGAGGAGAAAGAACUGCAACAAUUGAUGCUGAAGUUGAAAGAUGCCCUCUCCCUCCAGGUACAACCAGGCCAGACUUCCGCUCUCAAGAAGGAAUUGCUCUCUGCAGCUGAACACGUUUCCAAGUCUUUCUCGGGUGUCCUCAGCCAAGUAAGUUCACCAGCCAGGAAAUGUCAAGUUUCCUUCCCUGCCUAAUUGCCCAUGGUAAAGAAGUAAGACAAUAGUCACACUCGAACAAAGCUCAAGUCUAGAAUUAGCCAAGAGAGGACACCAUUAUUACAUUGACUGCGGAAGUGCCACACUGGCUAAGAGAGAGCUCCAUCAUUAGUCACUAAUCUCUCCGCAGCAGGUUUCUGAUUUCUUCAAUACAGCAGAAAAAUACGGAACAUUUUCAAUAUGCAAUAUAAGACGGUACCUGAAACUUACCUGCUAAGUCCGAUAUUAGGAGAUACCAAAUUUACAACUGAAAAUAAUCACCUUAUGUUUUAUCUUACCUUGGAUGCAAGGAUUCUAUUAGCAAGGAAUCGGAGAACAACAGUGAUUCCAACAGGGGAAGAAUGGAUUCAUAAAGUUCAAGCAUUCAAUAUGGCGGACAGAUUUUGUUAAAGAAUCUUUAAACCAUUUGUUAAAGAAUGAAGCUCAUGCGACCUAUAGUGUCAUUUGGAAACCUUGCUCGAUGUAUAUAGUCCAAUCAUAUAAUGUAACUAUUAGAUAAUGAAAUUGAUCAAAGCUAUCAGAUUUGGGCUAGCUAGAUUAUAAUUAUUUGCCUGUACAUAUUAGAAUAAAAUCUGUUAAUUGGAGGAGACAUAGAUAUAAUAGUGUUUUAUUUAACUUUUAAAAAUGUGCUUUUUAUCUCAUAAAUAUCAUCUUCUUUGAUCUC